GUCACCCGCCAGCGGACCUGACCGACAGAUCGCCUCCUCCGGGUGGAGACCUCGAGCGCGCCUAGCUGUCCUGCCUUCCGAGCUGUGCAGCUCCGCAGUCCUACACCAUGGCGGACAGCCGGGACCCAGCCAGCGACCAGAUGAAGCAGUGGAAAGAACAGCGGUCCUCGCAGAAACCCGAUGUCCUGACCACUGGAGGCGGGAACCCCAUAGGAGAUAAACUUAAUAUCAUGACCGCUGGGUCCCGAGGGCCCCUUCUUGUUCAGGAUGUGGUUUUCACUGACGAGAUGGCACAUUUUGACAGAGAGCGAAUUCCUGAGAGAGUGGUACACGCCAAAGGAGCAGGUGCCUUUGGAUACUUUGAGGUCACUCAUGAUAUUACCAGAUACUCUAAGGCUAAGGUGUUUGAGCAUAUUGGGAAGAGGACUCCCAUUGCUGUUCGCUUCUCCACAGUUGCUGGAGAAUCAGGCUCAGCGGACACAGUUCGUGACCCGCGUGGGUUCGCCGUGAAAUUCUACACUGAAGAUGGUAACUGGGACCUGGUGGGGAACAACACCCCUAUUUUCUUCAUCAGGGACGCCAUAUUGUUUCCAUCCUUCAUCCAUAGCCAGAAGAGAAACCCACAAACUCACUUGAAGGACCCUGACAUGGUAUGGGACUUCUGGAGCCUCCGUCCCGAGUCCCUCCAUCAGGUUUCUUUCUUGUUCAGUGACCGAGGGAUUCCAGAUGGACAUCGGCACAUGAACGGCUACGGGUCACACACGUUCAAGCUGGUUAAUGCCAAAGGAGAGGCUGUCUAUUGCAAGUUCCAUUAUAAGACUGACCAGGGCAUCAAAAACUUGCCCGUGGAAGUGGCAGCAAGGCUUACCCAGGAAGAUCCAGAUUACGGCCUCCGAGAUCUUUUCAAUGCCAUUGCCCAAGGCAACUAUCCGUCCUGGACUUUUUACAUCCAGGUCAUGACUUUUAAGGAGGCAGAAACUUUCCCAUUUAAUCCAUUUGAUCUUACCAAGAUCUGGCCUCACCAGGACUACCCUCUUAUACCAGUUGGCAAACUGGUCUUAAACAGAAACCCAGUUAAUUAUUUUGCUGAAGUUGAGCAGAUGGCUUUUGACCCAAGCAACAUGCCCCCUGGCAUUGAGCCCAGCCCUGACAAAAUGCUCCAGGGUCGCCUCUUUUCCUAUCCGGACACUCACCGCCAUCGCCUGGGGCCCAACUAUCUCCAGAUUCCUGUGAACUGUCCCUAUCGUGCUCGAGUGGCCAACUACCAGCGCGACGGCCCCAUGUGCAUGCACGACAAUCAGGGUGGUGCCCCGAACUAUUACCCCAACAGCUUCAGUGCGCCGGAACAGCAGCCCUCAGCCUUGGAGCACCACUCCCAGUGCUCCACAGAUGUGCAGCGCUUCAACAGUGCUAACGAAGACAAUGUCACUCAGGUGCGGACAUUCUACAGGAAGGUGUUGAACGAGGAGGAGCGGAAACGCCUGUGUGAGAAUAUCGCCGGCCACCUCAAAGAUGCUCAGCUCUUCAUUCAGAAGAAAGCGGUCAAGAAUUUCUCUGACGUCGACCCUGAGUACGGGGCCCGCAUCCAGGCUCUUCUGGAUAAAUACAAUGCUGAGAAGCCUAAGAACGCCAUUCACACCUACGUGCAGGCUGGCUCUCACUUUUCUGCAAAGGAGAAAGCUAAUCUGUGAGGCCCCAGGUGCUCAGUCUCGCCCUCCACCAAGAUCUCUCCUGAAGCGGAGAGCUCAGGGCUCGCCUGUAGCCACCACUGGACCGCUCUCCCCCGCUGAUGUGCAAACUCACGCUGACGUGUUUAAAGUGAUAAUCCGGCUUCUAGAGUGAAUAAUAGCAAUGCUUUUGAUGCUGUCUCCCAAGGGGGAGCUAAAGGUUAGGGCUUAGCAGUCACUUAACAGAAACGUGGAUCUGCAUAGGACUUCUGUUGGGAUCAUGCACUCAGAAUGACUCUCAUUUAAAUGAUUACAAGAAAGGUUUUUUAGGCAGAAGCAUAAUUUGAUUAGAUAAGAUAAAAAUCUUGGUGAGAUUGAUGUUUUCUCAUGUUACCUCAUGGCCUGAAAUAUAUACCUCUCUCUCUCUCUCUCUCUCUCUCUCUCUCUCUCUCUCUCUCUCACUCACUCACACACACACACGAAUGAAGAAGAUAAAGAUGGUCCACUCAGAAAUUUUAUUUUUCUAAGGUCCUUAUGAGCAAAACCAUACUUAAUACAUCAGUGUCUACCAAAGAUAACUUUAGCACUGUUGAAACUUACUGUUUGUUCCUUAUCGGAUUCUUUUUUUUUUCAAUUGAAAUGGUGUUUAUGCUAAUACACAGUGAUUUCACAUAGGUUGAUUUGUACUUGCUUACGUUUUUACAAUAAAAUGAUCUAUGUGUGCCUUA